AGAAAAGGCAGAAAAGAAGAUUUGGCGAUUGCUUCUUGCAAAGACCCGCCGCGCACCCAAAUGAAGGAGGCCUUUGCGGGGUGACCCUGCAUCCAACAUGUGCAAUUCCACGGCCAUGCCGUAUGAAGACAGCCGGCCCCUUCUGGUGGCCGUGUACAGCAUUGUGUUUGCCGUGGGCCUUCCAGCCAACUUCUUAACCGCCACCGUGACGCUCGUCCAGAUCAGAAGGAAAAACAUCACUGCCAUCUACCUGUUUGGCCUGUCGCUGUGCGAACUGAUGUACCUGAGCACCAUCCCCCUCUGGAUCCUCUAUGUGCAAAACCGCCGCCAAUGGACGAUGGGGCACCUCUCCUGCCAGGUGACCGGCUACAUCUUUUUCUGCAACGUCUACAUCAGCAUCCUUCUCUUGUGUUGCAUUUCCAUCGACCGCUACGUGGCCGUGGUGUACGCCCUGGAAAGCCGGGGGAAGUGGUGCCGGUGCCAGACGACUGCCGCUGCGGUGACGGUUUUUCUCUUCGGCAUGGUCGCGGUGAUCUAUUGCCCUGUGUUUUUCGUGAAAGACGUUCAGGACCAAGUCGGCAAGACUUGCUUCGAAGCGCAGCUCAACCACAACUUGGCCUAUUACAACAUCAUCCGGUUCUUUGUAGGCUUUAGCAUCCCUUUCGUGCUCCUUCUUUUCAUGAACUACAAGGUCUUCCAAAGUAUUAAGACCAGCUGCAGCCUCAACCCAGCCCAGAAAAGAAAAGUGAAGAGCUUGGCAAUCGCCGUCAUUUCCAUCUUCCUGGUCUGUUUCGCCCCCUACCAUUGCGUGCUGCUCGUUCGAGCCAUCUUUUUUUUCUGGCACUCGGACGACGAGAGGUGCAAAUUCGAAAGGAGCAUAUACACCACAUCUGUGGUGUUCCUGUGCUUCUCCACUGCCAACGCCGUGGCAGACCCGUUCAUCUACGUGCUGGUGAGUGAAAAUGCCAGGCGUGAAAUCAGCCGGACUUUCAGGGCCUGCGGGAUUCAGUUUCCCGUUGGUUCUAAGACAGAGAGCAGCAAGGGCAAUGAUCCCCCAAAGUCACCAAAGGAGAUACACACGCCAGGAAGUGAGGGAGACAGGUAA